AAGUGAUUCACAAGAAAAAGCAGGAAGAGUUAAAGGGUUCAAUGUGUCUCAACCCAUACGUUAUUAAACGUGUAUAGCAAACCCUCGUAAGCUUCAGUGCAGAGAAUGUCAGAAUCCAAUCUGAAGGGACAUUGGGAGUCCUACACGAAAACUGAUCUAUUUAUAAUAGUGACAGUUUGUAUUUAAAUGUCCUAUCAGACUGCGUUCUUAUAAGCUUUACCUUGCGUAAAUUUCUCUUUAAGACCAACACCGAUACUCAGUAAAAACUAAUGGAAAGCAUUGUUUGGGACUUUCUUUCUCCUCCUCCUCUUUAUUGGAUUUAAAUAACACCCACUGAAAAGCUGCAGCGGAACAGAGUUUCUAAAGCACAAUGCACGUCUAUAAAAUAUGGUAAACAAUGAAAUUAGGAUGGCCUCGAAAAAAAAUGAAAAUAUUUUAAGAAGCUGAAAUCAAUGAUAUGUACAAUCGGUUCGAGGUCCCUCUGAGUCCUAAGACCUGAGUCUUUUAGAAUCAGAAUAAAGGAAUUAUGAUUUUGAUUCUGAUUCUAAAAGAAAAAAAAAUCCUCGUGGUUGCUGCGAAAGCUUGACAGUGUGCAAUGUGUAUAUUUUUCCACAAGGUGGAGCCAUUUAGCCAAGAACGAGAGGGGGUGGGGGCAUAUUGGCAGAGUAUCAUGCUAAAGCAACAGGCAGACGAUGCUGAUACAGUCUAGUCGAGAAAUAUCUAGUGUGAGAGUGACUGUGGAUCACCUGAACACGGCAGCACAGGUUGCUGUCUGAUAUUAAUCUACCUGAGAUCAGCUGGGGAUGACAGAAGAUGGAGAAAAUUGGUGGGUUCUCGUGACCUUCAUCUGUCACCUUUGUCCUGCUAUUCUUUGUCCCCAUCAGGUGAGUUUAUUCAUGUAUUUAAUAAUAUUUAUUUAUUUGGUGAUUUUCUUUCUAAGUACAUGGUCUGGUUAUUGGGCGUGUCCUGCUUUGUUCAAAUAGGCCUGGUGUGUUUUUCAUCUACCUGUAGGUGGUUGUAGCCCAGAGGUAAUGCUCUCUCUCUCCCUCUCUCUUUCACACACACACACACACACACACACACACACGAUAACAGGAGGUAGGUUGCAGCCAUAGAAACGCCAUCGGUGUGCUGUUGUCCUUAAAGUGGUGUCUGAAUGGAAAGCAGAGGGCUGUUGCUGCUUUGAACUCCACACUCCUUCCUUGUUUCCUUCCUCCGCCGCCGCCCCAGUCUCGACAGGUUCAAAGUACGGGAGUGUCUGUCUCUGUCUGCCUUUGCCUGUGAUGGACGAGGCAGAAGACGGCGAGGAGGAGUCCAAAUUCCAGCAUCCUCGACCACCCCAAGUAGCCAGCUUGGCCGGACGCGAGGAUCAUGGGAACAGCGGAGGAACCAAGAUGAAGAAAUUUAUGCCAGGAGGCGGAGCUGCGUCCAUUGCGCGCAAAAACUCCAACAACAAUGAGCUGUGGCUCCUGCGAGACGAGGACAGCGCACCUGCCAGCGGCAGUGGAAGCACAGCCUCUGUUCUGUUAAGCCUGAGGGAUGCAGCCGGCGCCUCGGAGUCAGACCUCAGGGGUGGAGGGGACACAUUCUCAGAGGCAGGCGCGAUAGGAGCGGGAGCCAUCGGCAUGAUAUGCAACAAAAACGGAGACUGUAGAAGGGACCCGACCAGUUCUGGGAGCCUCUCCUCUCUCAUCUCAAGGCAGGACAAGCAGACAGAUGGAGUAGCAGCAGCAGCAGCAGCUGAAGACGGCAAGGCUGCGAUCAUGGACGGCUCUGUCACUUCAGCGGGGUCCCUGACACAGGGGUCGGGGACCGAGGUCAAGACCGGGGCAUCUCUGGAGAAAAAGGACUCCAGAGUUUCCUUCUCCAAUGCGCCGACUGGUAAAGGACAGACCCCGAGUCAGCAGUCGAGAAACUCUGUCACAUUUUCCAAAGCUGAGGACGGCUCUCAGAUAGUACCAGAUGAUGGAGAUUCCAGAGGGAAUCAGACUUACAUGCAGCGGCAGUUUAGUUCCAUGCUUCAGCCUGGAGUUAACAAAUUCUCCCUGCGCAUGUUUGGCAGCCAGAAGGCGGUGGAGAAAGAGCAAGAGCGCGUAAAGUCAGCGGGUAAUUGGAUUAUCCACCCAUACAGCGACUUCAGGUUCUACUGGGACUUCACCAUGCUGAUGUUCAUGGUGGGCAACCUGAUCAUCAUCCCUGUGGGCAUCACCUUCUUUAAGGACGAGACCACCACACCCUGGAUCAUCUUCAAUGUGGUUUCUGACACCUUUUUCCUCAUGGACCUGGUGCUGAACUUCAGGACUGGCAUUGUGUUCGAGGACAACACCGAGAUCAUCCUCGAUCCCGACAAGAUUAAGAAGAAUUACCUGAAAACCUGGUUUGUGGUGGACUUUGUCUCUUCCAUACCUGUGGAUUAUAUCUUCCUCAUUGUGGAGAAAGGGAUCGACUCAGAGGUGUACAAGACAGCCCGGGCGCUCCGCAUCGUCCGCUUCACCAAGAUCCUCAGUCUGCUGCGACUGCUGAGGCUGUCCAGACUCAUCCGGUACAUCCACCAGUGGGAGGAGAUCUUCCACAUGACCUAUGACCUGGCCAGUGCUGUGAUGCGAAUAUUCAACCUGAUUGGUAUGAUGCUGCUGCUGUGUCACUGGGAUGGCUGUCUCCAGUUCCUGGUUCCCAUGCUGCAGGACUUUCCGUCUGACUGCUGGGUCUCCCUCAACAAGAUGGUGAAUGACUCAUGGAGUGAGCUCUACUCCUUUGCCCUCUUUAAGGCCAUGAGCCACAUGCUGUGCAUUGGAUAUGGAAGACAAGCACCAGAGAGCAUGUCAGAUAUCUGGCUGACCAUGCUCAGUAUGAUCGUCGGAGCCACCUGCUACGCCAUGUUCAUCGGCCACGCAACUGCACUCAUCCAGUCUCUGGACUCAUCCAGACGGCAAUACCAAGAAAAGUACAAACAAGUGGAGCAGUACAUGUCCUUCCACAAACUACCGGCCGACUUCCGACAGAAGAUCCAUGACUACUACGAGCACAGAUACCAAGGCAAGAUGUUUGAUGAAGAGAGCAUCCUGGAGGAGCUUAAUGAGCCUCUGCGCGAGGAAAUUGUCAACUUCAACUGCCGUAAGCUGGUGGCCUCCAUGCCGCUGUUUGCCAACGCCGAUCCCAAUUUUGUGACAGCCAUGCUGACCAAACUGAGAUUUGAGGUCUUCCAGCCCAGAGACUACAUCGUCAGAGAGGGAACCAUCGGCAAGAAGAUGUACUUCAUCCAGCACGGGGUGGUCAGCGUCCUGACCAAAGGAAACAUCAGCAUGAAGCUCAUGGACGGCUCCUACUUUGGAGAGAUCUGUCUGCUGACACGUGGCAGACGGACAGCCAGUGUGCGAGCAGACACCUACUGUCGUCUGUACUCUCUCUCUGUGGACAAUUUCAAUGAGGUACUGGAGGAGUAUCCCAUGAUGAGGAGGGCCUUUGAGACGGUUGCCAUUGACAGACUGGACAGAAUAGGCAAAAAGAACUCAAUCCUGAUGCACAAAGUUCAGCAUGAUCUCAACUCAGGUGUUUUCAACAACCGCGAGAACGAGAUGAUCCAGGAGAUAGUUAAAUACGAUCGGGAGAUGGUUCAGCAAGUUGAUGUACCUCGACCGCGGGCCAUGUCAAUGACACCUCCUCUGUAUGGCUCUACUCAUCCAGGAUCCUCCACCCAGCCCCAGAAUUCAGCAAUUGCCUCCCUCCAGCAGGCCGUAGCCAUGAACUUUUGCCCCCCCUUGCAAGGGAACACAGUGGGACUGGGAAACCUGCAGUCACCGAGGAUGGUGAGGAGAUUCCAGGUGAUUGAAAGUGUAUCCAGCCCUAUUUCAGCCUCUCCACUGCAGUCUCAGCUCCUUGCUUCUGGUGCCUUUGCUCCUAUCCUGUCCAGCCCUCCUGUCCAGAGCCCACUGGCAGUUGGAGGGCGAUCAUUCCAGUAUGGAUCCAGCGCCCUUGCUGGCCACACCUCAGGCUCCCAACUUUCUCUAGCCCAGCAACACAUAGCCAGCCCUGCACACCGACCCAGUACACAUAAGAGUACCCAUUCCUUGCAAAUGGGCAGUCUGAGUCAAGAUGCCAGGGCCCUGUCAGCCUCUCAGCCCUCACUGCCUCACGAAGGGGUGCAGCCAGGUGCCCCUAGUCCACCACAGUCUACACGAGUCUCCUCCACUUCUAUUGGACCCCCUCAGACCCCUGCAGGUCACACAGGCAUCCGGAGUGCUAUACCACAUAGGGUGAUACUGCCCCACCAGAUGUCUGUGGGUGCCUUCCCUGUAGCAUCCCUACCUGGUUCUGCGCAUGGUUUUGGGGCUGGUGCAGGGCUCGGAGACUCGGGACUACCCAAGAAGGACUCUAUAGCAAGCAUUCCUGAGACAGACCACAUCAAAGUCAGAUCCAGGCUAUCCUCAAACUUGUGAUCUUAAUGAACUCUUCUGGAGGAGUGACUCAGUGAGGGUCUUGGCUGCAGGAACACGGAGGAUUUCUGCUCUUUCUCCUACAGUUCUUCUUCUCUCUACCCACUCCAAUUUGACUAUUCGAAUGUACGAAUGUUAAGUGAGUGGCACCAGGGAAAAUCUAUCAGAACCGAGAGAGGACUGUUCAAACAUGAAGUCUGUACGGUUAAUUUUGAAACUGCAGCACUGAGAUGUUUCUACUUACAGACCAUAGAAGUUGCACAGAUCAGUAGUGGUAAAGUAGCAUCUUCCCAUCCCCAGCUCUUACUGUAUUUUCUCACAACACAGGCAACAACAUAGGAACAUGUCUUCUUCAUCAUCCUUCCAUUCACCUCAUUUAAUGCAAACUUGGGGUCAGAUGGGACUAAAAGAAAAUCAGGGACCUGCUUCAGAUAUCAAAAUUUGGCACUUCAAUGGGGUUUAAUUGCUGUACCUGCUGUAUAUCUAUCACUGUAUAAAAUGAAACAAAGGCAUAGUUAUUGUGGUUUUGUAAGUCACAAAAAGUUUGGACAUUAACUUU